AUGGAUAUACAACAGAUUGCUAAGGCUGAAGAAGAGUCACGGAAGCAAAAAUUCAGCUGUUUAUUGCUCAAGAAAGGUGAUAGAAAUACCAAAUAUAUUCAGAGGAUUGCAAAUUCCCAUAGGAGGAACAAUCAGAUUGAUAUAUUAAAAGAGAAAUGGAGGCCUACUGCAACCUUUGAUAAUCUAGCCAGCCUUACUUUGGAGGAAAAAGAAUGGUUAGAAAGAGCUUUUGAAGAGGAUAAAAUUCUUGCAACAAUUAACUCUUGCGCUCCAGAUAAAGCUCCGGGUCCUGAUGGCUAUACUAUGGCAUUUUACCAGAGGGAAGCUAUUGAACUCAGAGACUACAGCCCAAUAAGCCUUAUUGGCAGUGUCUACAAAAUCCUUGCCAAAGUUCUUGCGGAAAAACUUGAAACUCUAAUUGGAAAGCUGAUUUCAGUGCAUCAAAAUGCUUUCAUCAAGUCCAGUCAGUACAACAUCACUACAGUCAAAUACUCUGUUGUAGUUAGCAGAAGUUCUGUUGGAUUUUUUUCUCCGCAAAAAGGCAUUAGACAGGGUGACUUCCUCUCACCCUUUCUUUUUAUUCGUGCCAUGGAAGGCCUCAAUGAGAUAUUGGACAUAGCCAAGCAGUUGCAGUGGAUUGAGGGCUUCACUGUGGGAAACAACACAGAUAUCCUAGUAUGA